UACUUUAAUGAAAUACAUAUCAAAAACAUUAUUUAUUUAUAAGUAAUCACGAGAUUCCUUUCGAAACGUAGUUUUUUCGUAACAUACGUUAGCCUGUUGCACGUGUUCUCAAUAUUUGUUUGGACUGGUAGUGGGACUCGAAAACUGUGUUGCUAAAAAUAAUAUUUCAAAUUGUUACCGAGGAAUAGAAGCAAUAGUGAACGGUGAUCUUUAAACCGAUCGACAAUCGAUGAAAAGUGAUUGGUGAAGUGCGUUAUGUCUGUCAUCGUAUAAUUCGAAUUAAGCGCAAGAAAUACAGCCAAACGAACUAUAACGGCACACGCGUGGUUAAAAGCAUUCGUGUAUAGAUCAGAAUUUUAACAAUACUGGCGGCAUCUUUAAAAGUGAACGAAGAAAAAGGCAUAGCGUCUCGAUGCUGGAACGUGCUAAUGUUGUAUGAUAGCAUGCAGUUCGCAUAUCGCUACACGUGGAACCGAGAGAUCAUUGUCAAUUCCCAGAAACUUGUAAAGAGACGUUGAAUCAAAACGAUUCGCGUCCCCGUGGGUGGACUUGGCUGCUUCACGUUGACAAAAAAUACUACACACCAUACAUUAAAAACAGUUUCUUUUUUUUUUUUUUAACUUUAUUCAGCUAUAACAUACAUGUAUACUCCCCUUUCUCCUUUUUUUUAAUAAGGGUUCACGCGAAAACAGGCGCACGUGAUAAUGGCUGCUAUAUGUUACAGCGAGCCUUUUUCAGAUUGGUUGGAGGAAAAAAUAGAACUCCCUAUUUUUGAAGAGCUACCAGUUCCUGAAAAUGGACAGAUUAAACCAACAUCAUACAAUGAAAUUGUGAAAGCUUCUCAACAAGAUGAUGCACAAACUCUGUUACAAGAGUUAGUAACUACUGCUCUGGGAGAUGUGGAAGCAUGUCAUCAAAUAGUCCCUUCAUCAAGUUCCACACUUACACCUCCUCAGUCACCUCCACCACAUAAACCAUUAAAUGUGGAUACCCAAUUACUUGUUACAUUACAACCUGUGCAACCAUUAUAUUCCAAUCAUCAAUCUAUAUAUGAUGUGGUAAUUCCAGAGGAAAAAUCAUAUGUAAAUGAAGUACCUGUACAAUGGAAUACAAAAAAUAUACCAUUGGAUCCAUUAAACACAGAUGUUACACAUGACUUAGCUCUGUGGGAUGAAUAUGUACCUUUAUAUACAGAAGAUAUUCCACCAUCUAGUCCUUGUACCAGCUCUGGUGGAAGUUACACUUCGUCAGAAGAUUCUGUCGAUGAUCCAGAUUGGAUCUUAGAAUCUGGGAAAAAAAACACGAAACAAUCUACAUGUGUUUCAUCGAAGAAUCGUCAAAAACCGUAUUCCCGGCCAAUUAUCGAAGAUAAAAAAGUUCGAAAGAAAGAACAAAAUAAAAACGCGGCAACUCGAUACAGACAAAAGAAAAAACAAGAAAUAAAAGAAAUAAUAGGUGAAGAACGUGAACUUACUGACCAUAAUGAAAAGUUAAAAAAUCAAGUAAUGGAUUUGCAGCGAGAAAUUGGGUACUUAAAGGGUUUGAUGAGAGACUUGUUUAAAGCUAAGGGUCUUAUCAAAUAAUCCAUUUAUCUAUCAACCACAGUUAUGUUUACAUAUUUUUAUUAAAUUUAUUAAUCAUAUUUUUUGACACUAACUAUUUUACAAUGAUACUAAUAACACUUUGUAGUAUAUAGACUUAGAUUACUGAUUGUUAUUUUCUUUUCUUUAACUAGCCACAUAUAUGAACAUGAAUCUAAAAUCUAUCACAGCUUCUUAGUAUGACUACAGAACUGUCAUCAUGUAAUCCAUAAAAUAUGUACCAUCUCCCAACUUAUUUGUGGUCCGUUAAAGAUUAGCAAACAAGAUGCAUUAAAUGAUGACAGAAUUUAUGAAGUAUACAGCCCUAUGAAACUCUUUGAGUGGAAACUUGCUGUUACUGAAAAUUCUACAAAUGAUUUAAUGCAUCUUAAUGAUGCAAAUUUUUUCAUUCCAAACAAUUCUAACCCAAUCAAGUUUUGAG